CAGGAGGGAACCGCCAGAAGAGAUGACAAUGACCACGAUUCCAGAAGGUCUUAAUAGCCCUGCAUCAGGAAAAGCAGUUUUCAUGGAGUUUGGACCCCCGAGUCAACAAAUGUCUCCUUCCUCCAUGUCUCACGGACACUACCCCAUGCACUGUUUACAUUCUGCAGGUCACACGCAGCACGACAGCUACAGCCCAGCCUCGUCGUUCCCCAGAUCUCUGGGUUAUCCGUACGUAAACUCCGUCGGCAGCCAUCCCACAAGUCCAUACCUGAGUACAGUACAGACUUACCAGAACAGCUCGGGGCUCACACAGACGCGACUGGAGGACCCAGCGGCACCAGAAGCGGAGAAGAACACAGUAGUGGAAGGCGGGGAGGUGCGAUUUAACGGCAAGGGGAAAAAGAUUAGAAAACCAAGGACUAUAUACUCCAGUUUACAGCUCCAAGCGCUCAACAGGAGAUUUCAGCAAACGCAAUACUUGGCAUUGCCGGAGAGGGCUGAGCUGGCAGCGUCGCUGGGUCUCACUCAGACACAGGUCAAAAUUUGGUUUCAGAAUAAACGCUCCAAAUUCAAGAAGCUAAUGAAGCAAGGCGGCAGCACAAUCGACACCAACGUUUUAGCCACCGGUCGUGGACUUUCCACCGGCUCGCCCACCGUGGCACCGGUAUGGACGUCGCCGACCACCGUGAAGACGUCGGUGGGCACGACCGGCUCUUACAUCCCCAGCUACACCUCGUGGUACCCGACCACACACCAAGAGUCUAUGCAACAGUCGCAGCUCAUGUGAGCCGAUGCUCCGGCGUCAAGGACGGUGACGGACCCCGCAGCCGCCCGAGCUCGGCCUCGGCAUUGCUGAUGCUCCACGAUAAAAUAAUAAUAAUUAAAAAAAAAAAAAGAAAAAAAAAAGCAGCUGCCGCAUCCCGCGAGCUGACACGGAGGCCUCCUCGUGCCAGCUAGCAGAGAAGAGAAGAGGGGGGGGUGGGAAGCUGAGAGAGCGAAAAGGCGCACAAUGCACCCACGCGGGGCAGCAAGCCCGUGGCAGCGGGUAUCAAAACGACAAAAAAAAAAAAAGGAACAUUUUUCUUUUCUUUUCUUUUUUUCUUUUGGCUGCUGUUGUUUACGUUUCUCUUAUUUUUUUCUUUCUUAAACUCGAAUUGGUGUGAAGAAUUCUGUUGUUGAGCUACAUGUUUAUGAGAAGAGCUUUUUUUUUUUUUUUUUUUUUGUUUACGCCAGAUGACGACCUAAAACCAUGCAUUAACACCUGAGGGCCAAUCAGGCCUCAGCAGUGAAGGCUUUAAACCAAAUAACCGAUCCCAGACUCCACCGGUCAGGCCGCCCAGCGUACAGCUUAACACAACCACAGUAAAUCCUCACGUCGCCGUGUUGUUUCUAUGUGUUUGUUAUUUAAGUUAAAUUAUUCAGACUUGUCUGUGUUCAUUCUGUGUGCGUGUUUGAGAUGACAACACUGUGUUGUUGAAAUGCUGCACUAACGCAAGCAGAGCUUCUUUUGUUUUUUUGUUUUUUUUCCUAUGCCGUGCCCCGAUUUUAUGUGAACAAAUGUAAAAGGACAGCCGAUUCGUUGCUUUUGAGAGAGAGAGAAAAAAAAAUAUCCAGAGGAUGAGCAGCUAUAACUUGUCACUGUAUUUUGUGUAUAAUUUUCAGAAACGUUUUUUGUUUUUGUUUUUUUUAAUUAUUAUUAUUUGUGCUGUUACUGGAUACGCUGUGAAACAGGGUUUUAGGCUUUUUGUGUAUAUUACUCGUCGACAUGUGUUUUAGUCACCAUAGAGGAUAUUUAGUUUUGUAUUGAUCACUUAAUUUAUUUAUCUGUUUCUGGAGUUUUUUAUGUAUAUAAAAGUGAAAAAGUUUCAAAAGCAGUAAAAUAUGAUUUAAAUUA